GUUCUUCACCACACCUCUGGGUGUUGUGUUAACUGUUGUUUACACCAGUGGUCUGUGAGCCGUGGCUGGAGGAUGGCCGUCACCUUCAUCACACAAGUGUUUAACUUCACCAGACACUUAUCAGGUGUAGUGGUGGGUACAGGUAGAAGACAUGCCAGAGCUCUGACAACAAAAGUUCUCCCUUAUAAUCAAAUUCAAGAUGGUGAUAGUGGAAAGGAAUUGCGAGUGCCUCACGACUUCAGAACAGUCUUCCCAGAGUUUUUACCUGACCCAAAGCCUGAAUGGAGAAAUAGGCUUCGUGAAAAACUGGAACGCAGAGACAUGGUGGCACGGAGGUGUGUGACGGAGAUCCCGGAGUUUUACGUUGGAUCCAUCAUGGCUGUCACAGUGGCAGACAUUAAUGCAUCUGGUAAAACAAAUCGUUUUGUAGGGAUCUGUAUUCAGCGAGGAGGAACAGGUCUACGAGCUUGGUUUAUUCUUCGAAAUGUUAUUGAUCAUCAGGGUGUUGAAAUUAUGUACGAGAUGUAUUCUCCACUCAUUCAAACCAUUGACGUGCUGAGGUUAGAGAAGCGCUUAGAUGAUGAACUCCUGUAUCUCCGUGAUGCUCUCCCUGAGUACUCCACCUUCCCUCUGGAUAUGGAACCAGAACUUGUACAAGAAGGAGCUCCUGUACCAGUCAACCCUCUCAAGGUACAGUUGAAGCCUCGGCCGUGGCACGAGCGGUGGGAGAGAAAAAACUUGCAAGGAUUGUUGGAUCUUGGUCUGCCUGAAAGAUUUUACAAGCGUGCAAAGUUGAGUGAGAAACCCUGGGAAAAGUUUGAUCUCAUGAAAGAGUACAGAGCCACAAUACCUGAGGAGGAACAGGCCGAUAUCUUCCGUGAGUUGUCUCCUCACUAUCAUCAGUUGGAGGCCUCAAGAAGACGUGCCAAGAGGCGCCGCACUCAAGUGACUCGCUCAUAACAAUAUUGUUAACAACCGCUUCACUGUUGUUGAUAUACUGUACCAAGCAGUUGAUGUACAGUUAUAUUAUAUAGUUGAUAUAGUGUACAGUACUUGUAGUAGAUUUCGUGAGGAAAUGAAGGAGGUAACAAAUAGUCACACUUAGAGUAGAUUAAACAUUUAUUUUAUGUGACAAGAAAAAGCAAAAACAAAUAAAAGUGAUAAAUUUUA